AUGGAAAAGCUCGACCAUAAUGACAUGACAAUUCGAGCCGGCCCAGGGAAGGAUCUGAAAAUUAUAAAGGAUACGGUGCACCUUAUUUUGGGGUUACCAAAUGCUGGUGGAGGAACUGCAUUGGGCAUCGAUGAAGCUGUUGCUGCCAACAAUUUAAGAGCUGAACUUGGUUUAUCGAAAGAAGAUUUUGGGGUUGCAGCUCUUCAAGAUCGUCUGAGGAAAGGCUGGGGAAUAACCAACCAUGAGGUUCUUUUAACUGAGGAGAUGGAUCGUUUCCACCAGAUGGACUGGUGCCAGCUGUAUUAUUUGGAUCAUCUUCAUGACUCAGCGGCACCUCAGAACAAACGUGGAACACCACAGAUCAAAUAUUUUGAUAGGAAUAUUAUUCAAGCACUGACAAGAGCUGACAAGGGCAAGAUACGCAAAGGAGAAGAACCAUUUGGACAUUGUUCGCACACAAUUCACAUCGAACUCCCGCUCAUCAGGGAUUUGAUAUCAAGCAAGCUGAAUCAGCUUCCAUCCCGCCACCGCCUGGGUUUCAUAGAGAAGUUGUCACAUUUUGAUACAGAGGUUGGUAAGGCGUGUUCAGUUAUUAAACAGACUCUUCAGCAGAUUGUUGAGAAACAAUACAACCUAUCUGAUGUUUUUGGCGAGUUAAUUGAUGAGGUCCUCCGUGCUGAGUCGGGGGACAAUGAAGAUGGUUAUGAUGUGCAGAAAACAACUUCAAAAUCAGAUGAUAUUCUUCCCCAGACAGCAAAAAGUUGCCCCGAUGAAGCUGAUAUUGAUCCUCUGGUUCAUACAAAUAUAACGAAACAGAACAAAACACCUACAACCCCAGUGGGUAAACAUGGUGACGGUGGCAAGAACAUGCCGACCAACACAAACGUCACUCCUAAAGCAACACCACAUAUGGAACCUGACGCGCCGAUAUUUGAUGCGACUCCACAAAUCAAGUCUACUGGCGGCGUCCAACAAGCGGCAGAAACAGACCUGCCCGACAGUGGUCCAUGCUUUGAUCAGACUCCAUCUGAACAUGUUUCUGUUGAAACCGAUCCAGCUACAAACACUCCACAGGUUGGCCAGGCUUCUCUUGAUUCGGAGAUGCAAACUGUGUUAGCUCUACGCGAAUAUUUGUGUGGUCUGCAAUCUGACACCAGCAGGACCAUAAUAGAUUAUGGUGAAUAUUCAGCGACAUGUUCUGAUAUAUAUGAAUCUUUUGCCGAUGGGAAGUGUCUCGACAAUGUAUUCAUGCAGUGUUUCAUCCAAUGUGUUUUUGAUGAUGCAAAAAAUCAGCAGACUUCCAUGAGUUCGAACAGUUUGAUUCUUGAUGUUAAUGUUGGGUCACUACUCAACUUUGAGGAACAGGAACGACACAGUCGCAACCCUCAACCUUUUGAUGAAUCUGUACUCCACACACUUCUAGACAAUUCAUUGCCUGAGACAGAUGAAUUGGACCAAUGCAGCGCGGGCAACACUAGUGAGAUACGGUCUCUUGCGCUGCAUUAUAUCACAUUCCACCCGAAGAACAAAGCAUUAUCGCUGCUCGAAGACAUCCAAAGAUUCAAGGUCUAA